AUGUUUUCGUGGGAUUUUACGAAGGCUUUCCAAGCAGACACCAGCAUCUUUUCCCCGUCGGCGUUGAGCUCCGGGCGUGAUGCCUUGACGCCGUAUCUGCCAUUUCGAUCCUCCAAUGUUAUGGCAAGGCAGUACGCUCAUGAUAACGUGCCAACAGCGCUGGUCCACCACGCGUUUGCAAGUCUAGGCAGUAGCAAUAAGGAAGCUGUCGGCGCACAUCCAUCUUCUUCGCGCGGCUACGGGGUCUGUUGCUUUGCAGAACGUAAGGGAACAGGCACGGAUAUGCAUCUGAAUCUAUGCAAGCUUCAGGACGACUAG